AUGAAACGUGCUGCUGAAUCUGACGCGCGUUCACCCAGCGAAGACCUCAAGCGGCCGCGGAGCACGGAGCACACGGACACAGGCGUUCCCGACGCGUCUGUCUUCGAGCCAAGUCUGCAGAGACGCGUCGCCGAUGUCCUGGAGGGCCGCAGCGAUGGAACGGGCUUUGUUCACGUACACGUGUCUAUGAAGUGGCCUCCUGUCAACCAAUCGAUGCGGCUACGCGCGGAGGCCUUGGAUGGCUCUUCGGACACGAAGUUCGGAGUUGUCUUCACGGGUGACUGUGCUCCCUACCUCCGCCACAUCAAUUCAGCAAUUGGUAUCAAAGAUGAUAUAUACCUUGCACUCAAGGACGGUGUGCUCGACACCACUAGCCCAAUGCUCGACCUCAGUUUUGAGCACGGUGCGGUCAUCAAGGUGGUCAAGAGGGCCAACCCUAGGGACGCUGACCCGAUAGUGAACACAUGGAAUCUCAAGGAGCAGGAUGACCUCGCACUGAAGUCACCCAAAGUGAGCGACUGGUUCGCUACCCCUGCAGCCACACUACGAAGAGAUAUUUCGGGCACGCAGAUGGGCACUGGCCGACGUGACUAUGCGCCUGCUUAUCCAGCGAUGGGUGUCACAGUCACUCCUGUAGGUCCUGUUGCGCUAGCAGCCGCUGUACUCCGAGCAGAGCCCGAAAGAGAAUCACCGCUCUCUAAUCCGACCCAAAGCACUGUUGCUUUCCCUGCUGCGUCGAAGUCCUCUACAUCUAUUGACCGCCUUAGGACAGGCACACCUCCUGCUCAGAACGGACACAAGAGUGUCUCUCCUCCACCUGGCGUCUCGUCGACCUCAUCCUUGAAUAGCGACACGUCUACCAAACCGCAAAGCAAACGCGGGAACUCGUCAGGUCCGCGAAAGCAGGCUGUCUUCAAAAUACCUCAGACGUCUUCAUAUCAAGAACAUGCGAACAAACCUCUUUUGAUGUCGAAAGAGAACGCACGUUUGACGCGAGCGUCGCUGGAAGCUAAGCUUCCUAUCGACAAGCCAAUUUCCAAAAAGGAUCUGAAGAAAGAGAGGCGACGGCUCAAACAGCUGCAGAGAAUGCAUGACGUACGUGCACCUGAAGACCAAAUACCCCCCUUUAACCUGGCAGAUGCUGCGAUUGCCGCUACCGAUAAGAAUUUUGGUGUGAACACCUCUCUUGACCCAUCGACGCUCACCUCGCCGCAUGUCCAUACUGAACCUGUGCAUACUUCAUCUAAUGUCGCCAUGGCGGAAUUUACUCCUUACGCCGAGGGAGAUCUUGCUAAUUCGUCUUCUGCUCAAUCUUCUGCGAUAUCAAAUAUUCCGACGUCUACACUAAUUUCCUCCCUUACUCCUCCUGCUCAACGCGGGGACCCUGAACCAUCUCGCUCCAAACUAGCCUCAAAUUCUCCUUCGUUGAUCAGUCAGCAAUCCGCUGAUUCGAUCCUCGCUCCUCUUGCUCGCUCCGGUAGCUCAGUCCCUCCGAUUUCUCAUGGACUGGACCCUACACUACAUACAUCCGUGCACUAUGCAUCUUCGUCCGGCCGUCUUCCGAAAUCUGAUUCUGACAGCCCUGACCUGUCGAAGGCGUUAGCUGAUGGAUUCUACACUGAGCAUGGUGACAGUUGGCAGGGUUCGGCUUGUGGCGUGGCACCGUCCUAUAAGGGCUGGUCGUGGGCGAAAUUUGACCCGCGCGACAAUGACUCUACUCCCGUCUCGUCUCCUAUUGGUGUCCACAACCUGCGCUUUCAGCCUACUGAGAAUGAGUUGCGCUACUGCCGCCACCUGGUGGACUGGUGGAAAUCGAUAUAUCCUGAGGCGUACGCUCAUGCGAUUACCGUACAUAAAGUCACGAGUAGGUAUAGCUUGGGUGGCUCUGGACGAGUCCAUCGGUUGAUAGCUGAUGCGUCGCCGACCGCUGAGCCGCAGGGGUACUUCGAUUGCACAGUGGAGGUGUUGGCCGGAUAUCCAAACGAGAAUGGCGUAUACACGCUCUUUGUUACCGACUACACACGCAAUAACUCCAUCGUGCCCGUCGAAAAGGAUAUGUGGCCGAAGCAACUCUGCGACAAGGUGCUCAAGUUCGAGCUGUUUGCUCCGGCUGCAGAAAAAGGGCCGGCCAUUGCGGAGAGGAAGGGAUACUACUUCUUCGGUAAUUGCAGGAUGAAGGUUAGCACUGGAGGCUACUGGGAGGCUACAUGGUCGCAAAUCAACAAGAUGCGGCGCCUAGAUGAAGACGAGUUGGAAGCAGAACCUCAUCUGGCGGAACUUCUUAAGCGCAAAGAGAAAUUCAAUGCUAUGGUCGCAGCGCACACCGAUGAAUUCCCACACAAGCGGUUUGAUGAGGUCGAAGAGGAGCGGAUUUUCUGUUGCACAGUCGAGGUCCUCCAUGUAUCACCAAAAGACGAACGCACUUACCUAUAUGUGACGGACUACACGUCGCGAACGGACUUGGCAGUCGUCGACAUGUCCGCGCCUAUUUUUCAGGGCCUGCAGGAUCGUGUGGUGAAGAUUGCGCUAUUCAAUGGACAAGCGACGACAGGCAAUAACUUGGCGCCGGGCGAUCUCGUCUUGAUUCGCAAUCUUAGGCUGAAGUCGUUCGGAGGGACGAAGAAGUUAUCAGGGCGUCUGGGUGGUGAUGCGCGGUUGAUUAACAAGCUACAGGCGAAGACAGCAAACAAUCUCGAGUUGACAGCGUUGCUUCGGCGCAAGGAAGAGUGGCAGACGUAUAGGAACAAACGUGGCAAGCACAAGAGCCCUCAAUCGAGCGCUGGUCAGCGGAAAGGCAACAGCGAAGUCGCUGACGCACAAUCUAUACCCUGCAAAACGCUUUCUGCGUCGCCUAACUCUGGCGAGAUCAUAUUGCCAAACCCUGCUGCUUCUGCGCAACUCGACGAGCGGUCUCGCGUUCCACUCACCAGAUUUACGAGCAUCAAGGAGGUCGAGGCAAGCGAAAAGUGCAUGGACUUACACCAAGUCAAAGCUCGUAUUGUCGAUAUUUAUCCUGAAGAGCUCAAGAAAUUUACUGUUCGGCGGUGCACGAACUGUAGCGAAGAUAUUUCGGACACGUUCCGCGUCUGCCCCGCUUGCGACGAUGUUAUGGAUCCCGAGGGACAUAGUUUCGUGCGCACUCUCUGGGCAUUCUGGUUCGUGAUCGAGGAUGAAGAAGGCAGCCAACUCAAGCUUUCUGUUUACGAUGAGAACUGUAACCUUCUGGAGGGCAUCGACCCCCUUGACAUCAACGAAGGAUAUCCCGACGCCCUGAAGGAGCUUACUAACAGGCUGACGCCCCUCGUUGGGCAUUUGAUGCAAGAACGCAACGGCACGAUGGAGCGAAUUCUCGACCGUGCCAGCGGGACUGAGAACCGCACUCCCACUCUUCAUUUGACAUGCACGAGCUUUAUGCCGGAUGAAAAUGUUGUUGCUAAGGACUACAUUCUCCUCCAUCAUGAAAUCUUGUCAUGA